CAACAGAGUCAGGUAGAGCAUUCCAUAAUAAAGUAGCUUUUCAUAAGUGUCCGUGGAGCAGAGCAUUAUCUCCAAACCUUGAACCUCCAAUUAAACCAUGGUGUUUAAGGUCCAUUGCUAUGGUGUUAUGGCAAAAUGCAGUUAUUAAGUGGUUUUAAACAGUGGACAAAUGAAUAAGUGAAUAACAAAAAUAGCCAUGGAGGAAUAUGUAUACUUCUGUUGUUUGACUCACUUGCUUGAGUUGUUUUGAUUAUUCUACGCAGGCAUAGUUCCUAAAGCAAGCACAUAUUCACAUUAAUGUUUUUAUUUUUUGCUUGUACAUACAAAAUAAUGUGUACUAUAUCACUGUAGUUGGUUCCCCUUUCUCUGCACUUUUGCUUAAAGAGACGUGAGAAACAGUGGAAAACAAGGUAUUGAGGAAUGUGAAUAGGGAGAACUUGGUGAAAGUUCCUUAGCAAAAACACUUGAUAGUCCAACCUUUUGAGGAGGUUGUCUAGCUUUUCAUCUGAAUACCAUCAUCACUGUUGUGUUUUCUUCCUCCUUCUCAGCCCCCUCUGAAUGCACAGAUGUUGGCUCAGCGUCACCGUGAACUUUACAGCCAGCAGCAUCGACAAAGGCAGCUCAUGCAGCAGAGAGCCAUGCUGAUGAGACAUCAGCAAAGCUUUGGGAACAAUCUUCCCCCCUCAGCCGGGGUUCCGGUGCAGCUGGCGGCUGGGCGCCUACCCCAGGGUCCCCCACAGCAAUUCCCUUUCCCCCCCAACUAUGGUACGAAUCCUGGAAACCCCCCUACCUCCACCAGCCCUUUCUCGCAGAUGGCGCAAAACCCCGAAGUGGCAUUGGCCAAUCGUACCAACCUGGUGAACAGGGGGAUGAUGGGAAGUGUCGGAGGACAAUUUGGCUCCAAUAUGAGCCCACAGAUGCAACAGAACAUAUUCCAGUAUUCCGGAUCAGGAAUGGGUCAGCAAGGUGAAGCCGCUUUUGCCCCAUCACUCAGUCCUAGUAGUCCUUUGAUGUCCCCUCAGAUCCCUCCGUCUCAGAGCCCCAUGCUGCAGUCUGCCCCACCCACACCUGGGUAUCAGUCACCGGAUAUGAAGACCUGGCAGCAAGGAACUAUGGGGACCAACAAUGUAUAUGGCCAGGCUGGGCAGACUCAGCCCCCCUCAGCUCAGCAGGGAAUGUACAACAACAUGAGCAUCACAGUCUCCAUGGCCGGAGGAAAUGCCAGUGCCCAGAAUAUGAACCCAAUGGCUGGGCAAAUGCCAAUGAACUCAUUGCAGAUGUCUGGCAUGAACCAGCUAUGCUCUGAGCAGGUAAACGACCCAGCUCUCAGACCCACCGGCCUUUAUUGCAACCAACUUUCCUCCGAUCUUUUGAAAACAGAAGCAGAUGGAGCACAGGUCCAGCAGGUCCAGGUGUUUGCUGAUGUGCAGUGUACAGUCAACUUGGUGGGCGGAGACCCUUACCUGAACCAGCCUGGCUCCGUGGAUACACAGAAAGGCAGCACAGCCUCUCAGACCCCACAAGCCCAGCAGAAAAGUCUUCUUCAGCAGCUACUGACUGAAUGACCCACUUUUCAAAGGAAUGUGAAAUUUAAAUAAUGACAUACGGAUAUAUAAAUAUAUAUAUAUAUAAAUAUAUAUGUAUAUUAUAUAUUUUUCUGAGAUUUUUGGUAUCUCAAAAACUUGCAGCCAUUCUUCAGCCCUUGUAGUAUAUGGAACAGGGGGGAAAAAUAUCCCUCCUCCCCUUUUGGUUUUUUAAACAAAGAUGGAUUUCAGCAAAGUGACAAGACAGAACCACUGAGCCAAAUUUUACAGAUUAUCCUUAUUUUUAUAAUCAGUUGCUGGCUUCUUUUCCCAGAAGGACAUUACUAGAGGGGUUGAGGGUGGGGGUGGGAGAGCAAAACGGAAAGGCAUGUGGCUGUCAGGUGGAGGAGAAGAAGGGGUUGACGUCUCAGUUUCAGCUGGAUCUGUCACUGAUUUGCAUCUUCAGUAAAGCAGGAAUGGGCAAAUAAUUGUGCACGCUCAUCUCUUCUUUGGGAAGGGAUGUUCCUUAGCUGUUCUUAAACAUGUACGCCCUCGCUCACUGCUUGCCCCCCAAUUCGUUUGUGCUUUUCUUAGCAAUUGUGAGUUUGUCAGUUUUAAAGAAAAAUGAUAUUAAUAAUAUUAAUAUUAAUAAUAAUAAAUAUUUUGCCCCACUGUUUUUUUCAUGUUUUAUGCUGGUAAAUAGACAGACUCCUUAGUGACAAAGAGGUCUUUGUAGUAUAUGAACAACAAAUCGAGUGGGAGUUCCUAUGAAAACUAAUAUAAUUGUUGAAAAUAAAAUAUGUAAAUCCAUUUGGGGGAUAAUUGCAAUUAUUUUUAGAGGGAGAGGAGGAAGUGGCUCCGAAAGCAAUGCACCAAGUGCAUCCCACCCAUUUCCAUGGGGCUUGUAAGAGAGACACUGGGCCAUAGACAAUUCUUGUCGAAAAUAAAAUGGAAGAAGUGCAGCAGAAGUUCAAGUUGUAGUUCUGGCCACUAUUGUAGAUUUCUUUUUUAAAAAGUGAUUCAAAUUGAGCAGUCAGCACUUGUUUUGAUUCUGUUUAACAGCCAAGAUAGCUUAAAACUAUUUAAAAUAAUAUGGAGUAUGAUUAUAAUAAAAAAGGCGUUUCUCUGUGGAAUGGGAGACAAGUUAAUACUUUUUCCCUCUCAGGCCUUUUAAUGUAAAUAGCUCAGACUUCUUGUAUAAAUUGGUUUCUUUCUCUUUUUAGUUGGGGAUUGCUCUAAAAUAGCAUUGCUUUUGGAAGGGGUGGGGGAUUUCUUUCUUUUAUCUCUUUCUGAAAUUUUGUUGAUGUGUGAAAAUAAAACUGUGUAGCUUUUGUUAAAUGAAUUUGCAAGAGUUUAAAACACAAAGAGACAAACCUAA